AGGGAUGUACAUCAUUUGAAAGGUGAAAGGGCAAAGUUUUUGGGAAGUUGACUCUGCACAGUCUUGCAUCGACGAUUUCUCGUAGGUGUUUACCUCCUCCCAAAAAACGAUCGGGAGUACCGAAGGGCUUAAAUCGUGAGAAGAGGACGCUGUGACACCAUGACGUGGCCAGGGCUGGUGCUGAUGCUGGCAGCGACACUGGCAAGGGGCGGCGCUGACGGCGUAAGAAGAAAAAUACUCGUAUUCGGCGGAAAUGGCUUCAUAGGUGCAGCGACAGUAGAGAAACUGAUACAGCAAGGCAGGAACGACGUGACGAUAGUGAACCGCGGGAACUGGUACUGGGACUCGGCUACCAGAGUGAAGCCUCACGUGCAACAGGUUGUGUGCGACAGACAGAAGGGAGUGCGCGCCUGCAAAGAGUUGAUGUCGCUGGUCAGGGAGCCCGGUGCGUGGUUCGACGCUGUCAUCGACUUUAGCUGCUACAGCGGGGCGCAGAUGAAACAAAGUUUAGAACUGUUAGGUAACAGGGCGGGGCUGUACGUGUACAUCAGUACUGACUCCGUGUACGAGGUCUGCACCAAGGAUCACACCGGACCCACUCUUGAGACGGACGACCAGCGCCCGACCGACACAGCCGAGCAGUUCCGACUCAACCGUUUGGACGACUACGGCAACAGGAAGCAUGAAGCGGAGGAGGUCCUGCGAGGGAGGGAGGGUCUCCCAUGGGUGUUCCUGCGCAUCCCUGACGUGGUGGGGUCACGUGACGGCACGCGGCGAUGGUGGCUGUACCAGCUGUGGCUCCGGCUACACGACAUCGUGCCCGUGCACUUACCUCAGAAAGUUGCCAAUCUCGAUAUCAGCCUUGUCCAAGUUGAGGACGUCGCCGCCGCUAUCUCGGAUAUUCUUGACGGAGGGGUCAAAGUUCACAACCAGGCCUUCAACUUGGCCUUCAAGGAGACCCUGACCUUGAGAAGGGUUCUGAGAGAUAUGGGGAGACAACUUGGAAUACUCAACGUUAACUUCAACCAGUACCCUGAGAGGGAAAUGUACCUGUACCCUACAGUGUGGAAAGGUCCCUUAUCCAUCACUAAGGCGGAGGAAUAUCUACAGUGGUCCCCCGUGAGCUGGGAAGAGGCGGUCAAGGUCAACUGCCGCUUCUACGAGUCGGUCAUGACCUCUGACCAGUACGUGGAAGAGAAGACGAAGUUGCUGCAAACGUUUUUCUCCACGUUCGCAAACGAUCUGACCAAAUCUCGCGCAAUAGCGGACAGGUUGAAAAAGGCUUACGGGAUAAAAUUGGAAGACUUUGUGCCGUGGUUCAUCAUCAAAAAUGAGCUUUGAAGAGACCAAGAAGUUAUAGACUGGACAUUCUCCUACGCAGAGACAUCCAACGGCGCUAGCAAACCGCCGCUUGUCUGUACUCUGCUAUCUCAACCUAGCCUGAUUUAAUUGCGCUUCUUAGGCCCGUCCUAUGUUGCCGCGGAGUCUACAGAGCUCCGGAUAGCGGAGUUACAUGCAAGUUGUUUUAAACCAUUAAAGGGGCAUUCCACUCCA